GUCUUAACUCUUCCACUUCUCUCUCCUCUUUCGCGCGAAUCCAAUAAGCGCUACCAAUGAUAAAGGAUUCAUGGCACCAACGAAGAAACCUAGAACUAUGAAGAAUAAGCGGUUUUCAAGUGAAGUCUCUACCAAGAAAGAUGAAGUCGGCUCAAGUAAAAAUAAGCAACGGAAGAAAAAUAUGUCUGAUGAAUUAGGACCUAAAUGGAAAGCCGGAGAACUAAACCAGUUUUAUGAAGCGUACAGGAAGCACGGGAAAGACUGGACCAAGGUGGCUGAAAUUGUAUCUAGUAGAUCUGCUAAAAUGGUGGAGGCCCUUUACAAUAUCAGUAAGGCAUACCUAUCUCUGCCAAAGGAGUCAGCUUCUGCUGUUGGCCUAAUUGCAAUGAUCACAGAUCACUAUAGUAUGGUGGAAGAGAGUGAUAGUGAAAGGGAGAGAAAUGAUGUACCAGGAUCUCGACAACCUAUGAAACGAAAGUGUGGAAAAAUUCAGCUUAGUAUAUCCAAUGAUUCUGUCCAAUCUCAGUCAAUUGCUUCCAAGGAUGGUUGCCUUUCUCUAUUAAAGAAAAGACAAUUUGAUGGUAUCCCACCUUGGCCAGUUGCGAAAAGGACGCCUCGUUUCCCAGUUAACGACUCUAAGCCUGAUGAUAGGGAAAAUUAUGUUUUGCCUAAUAAGAGAAACCCAAAGUCAAUGUUUGAUGCUAAUGAUGACGAAGCUGCACAUGUUGUGACUAUGGCAUCAACUGAGGCUGCACAAAGAGGUGUCUCUCCCCGUGUAUCUCAAAAUCCAUACAAAAAAUCAAAGCAGGAGUUCUCUCUGGUUCAGAGUGGGCAAAUAAUGGUAUUUAACAGCCGUCCUGCAUGUUAUGCCAUUAGCUGGAUUCUGUUGGCUGUAUUAUUGCUUCAAAAGAUGAAUUUCGAUUUUGGUUUUGUGAAUAAACAUCAACAUUCAAAUACAAGCUUGUGGCAACUGGCAAGCUUUCUAGUUGACUUUCUUGUGUUCAUACCAUGUUUUAUCAAAUGUUUUCAAUAUUUGAAUCACCAAGAGUCUGAGACAGUUCCUGCCAAGUUUUAUGAUGCUUCUAUUGAUGAAGAGUACUUGAAAGAUAAAAGCUCUUCCAUGGAUGCUUUGCUCACUUUGGCUGACAUGUGUCUAUUGGUAUCAACAUCUACAAUGGAAUCUGGUAAGAAAGGAGUUUUUGGUAUAGGAGACAUCCCAUCUAAUAACCCAGUCUACACGAUAUUGAGAGCAUUUUUUGGAAUCAAAUAUUUGCGUAUUUUCAUGUUCAACUUAAAUUCCAUGAAUUUCUUGAUGAAAAUCUACUUCUUGUUGUUAGUUGCUACUCCUGUUCAUGUUUUUUGUUUUAGUCAUCCUGGGGGAGUUUACAUAUUUUCUUCUGUUCAAAUUCUUUUAUUUCAUUACUGUGUUCUCAUCCUUUUCCUCUCCCAUCUAGAAUCAUCUGUCCAGUUAAAGGAAGAAAAAAUGGCUCACAAAAAAGAUGAGAAGUCUGUUUUACCUGAAGGAAAAUCAACAAGGCAAAACAGAGAUAAAAUUAAACUUCAGGGUUUGAAACAGAAGGUUGAUCAUGCAGUCCCUGGAGUUGGUUCAUCAACUAAACAUAGAAGUAGACGUAAGACGAUUUUACAGAGACCAUUCACACCUAAAGAGAAAUCUUCUGAGAAAAUAUUGAAAAGUAAACAGAAUAAGAAUUUGACCCCGGUCCACGGUGGGGCAUUAAACAUUUUAGUUGGUACGUAUCAGGAAAAGCUUUCUGGUUGUUUGUCAUCUUAUAUGGUUCGUCGAUGGUGUAUGUUUGAAUGGUUUUAUAGCGCAAUUGAUUAUCCAUGGUUUUCCAAAAGGGAGUUCAUGGAAUACUUAAAUCAUGUUGAUCUAGGGAGAAUCCCAAGGCUAACUCGUGUUGAGUGGAGUGUCAUUAGAAGUUCCCUUGGCAAACCUCGCAGGUUUUCAGAACGCUUUCUUCACGGAGAAAGACAAAAACUUGAACAGUAUCGUGAAUCUGUUCGGAAAUAUUACGAUGAACUGCGGACUGGUAUCAGGGAUGGACUUCCAACAGAUUUGUCUAAGCCGUUAUGUGUUGGACAACGAGUAAUUGCUUUCCACUCGAAAAAAACAAGAGAGAUUCAUGAUGGCAGUGUGCUUACAGUUGACCAUGACAAUUACAGAGUUCAGUUUGACCGUCCUGAAUUGGGUGUUGAUUCUGUCAUGGACAUUGAUUGCAUGCCUUUGAAUCCAUUGGAUACUAUGCCAGAAACUCUGAGGCAGCAGAUUAGUGCUAGUAAUGUUCCUCGCAUAAGUAAAAAACCACACAAGAAAGGAAAUUCACGCUUUGGGGGGAACAUGACAUAUAAUUCAAGUGGACCUGUGGAGAAGGCACCCACCUCUUCAAGUACUUUAGCAUUAGCUAAGCCCAAAAAGGCACUGUCACCGGGGAAAUUGUUAUUGGAACUUAAAAAUGCAAAUAGUGAGAUAGUGGGAAACCAAAAUGAUGCAGACUGCUUUAAUGAUCGGAGGCUUUCAAGAAGCAUUACGCCACAUGUUAUACAGCUUAAGGAAGCCAGUGGACAGGUUUUUAAUGCUCUGUGUUAUUCGAGGAAACAUAAUACAGAGCACAUCAGAAACUCUCCGCCACCACAGAUGAAUCCCAAAGCAAGUUUUGACAAUCAUGACAGCCUUCCCAAUACAAUGGAUGGUUCUCUGGUGCAAGAGUUAGGGUCAGCUGUUGAAAUUAUUAAAGGAUCCAAACUUAGAGCACAUGCUAUGGUGGAUGCUGCAUUUCAGGCAUUGUCUUCGACGAAGGAAGGUGAAGAUGCUUUGACGAGGAUUGAACAGGCAUUGGAUUGUGCGGAUAAUCAGCAGCUGGCAACCAACUCAAGGUUACCUGUGAUUAGGUCCCAAGGGCAAAUUAGUGGAAGUUUUGAUUACCAUAAUCGGUCAAUUUCUCAUCCAUCGAAGCCUCUACUCAAUAAUGCAUCUGGUAGAAAACUGCAUAAUGAUUCUGACAAAGUUAAUACUCAAAUUCUCCUGGACCUCAUCACUUCCUGUGUCGCCACAGGGAUCACGAUACAGACUUGUGCCAACCAACAAUGUCCUCCAGCUGAUGUGACUCCAAUAUUUGAUACUGCUGUUACCAUCCUGCAUCCACGCAGUCUACGAAAUUUUCAUGUUUACAGAGAUAUUCAAAUGCACAUGCAAAGAAUUAAGAGCCAGAUUUUAGCCCAUAUCAAUAAUUGAUUCCUUUUCUCGCCUUCUUGUUGUUGUAUAUAGGAUAUGCUGAAAUAGAAGUUUCUGGCCAUCUAUAUCAUGGUCAACAGGGUCAAGCGCUGGAAUUAGUAUAGUUGACCAAUCCAGUUUUGUAAUAUUUCCUUGUCUCUUAAAAUAGCUUCGGAAUACGGAUAUUCUGUUAGCCGGGGGCACUCAACAUCCGGGUUAAAUAGGAAUUUUGCUUAUUCGCCUGUGGCUGCGGAAUAUUUUUGUUAAGAAAAAAACUGAAACAUAAUAAUCAUUAUCACGUACGCUUUUAAAUCUUAA